AUGCUGCGCACGGUCAUGCGAUCAGGCGGCAGUGGAGGAGCUGCUUCAUCGGCCGCUGCUCACCAUCAACACUCGUCCUCCAGCGAUUCAGCCCUGCAGGCGCUGGUCGUGCCCACCGCCGACGCCCACGGCUCGGAGUACAUUGCGCCGUGUGACGCCCGCCGGGAGUACCUCACCAAGUUCACCGGCUCGGCGGGCACGGCGGUGGUGACGCUCAAGGAGGCGGCCCUCUGGACCGAUGGGCGGUACUUCCUGCAAGCGGUCGCGGAGAUGGACCCCGCCAGUUGGGUGCUGAUGAAGGACCGCCUCCCUGGGACGGCCACCAUUGGCGAGUGGCUCAACGAGGUGCUGGCGGCGGAGGGGGGCGGAGCUCGCGUCGGCGCCGACCCCUACACCAUGUCCUACGAGGGCUGGCUGCGGCUGGAGCGGGAACUGGCCGAGGGGGGCAACCUCCUGGUGGCCACCCCGGCCAACCUCGUGGACGCCGUCUGGGGCAGCGGGCGGCCGGCGCGGCCCUCCGAACCGGUCCUCCCCCUGGACAUUGCCUUCACCGGCCGGCGGUGGCAGGAGAAGGUGGAGGAGGUGCGGGGGGAGAUGCGCGCGAAGGGCGCCUCGCUGCUGGUGCUCACCGCACUGGACGACGUCGCCUGGCUGCUGAACCUCCGCGGCGCGGACAUUGAGUACAACCCAGUGUUCUUCGCCUACGCCAUUGUCACCCUCGAGAAGACGGUCCUCUUCAUCGAGGAGAGCAAGCUGACGGCGAGCGCCCUGGCCCACCUGCAGCAGCCCACCGACGACCCGAUGGACUCGCUGCCCGCCUCCUCCACCUCCUCCAACUCCUCCUCUCCGAAUCACUCGAAUCGAUCGACGCCGAAUGGAGCCAACUUGGACGGCAAAUCAGCCGCCAGCGAGAUGAGCAACAAGUCGAGCUACGCUCUAGUCAACCUCGUUCCCGAGUCGCGCCGACUGCUGACGGGCGUCAGUCCGGUCACCGCGCGGAAGGCCAUCAAGAAUGAGGUGGAGAUUGCCGGAAUGCGACGGGCGCAC